UUUUUAUAAGUUUUCAUCCUGAAAAAUAAAUCAUGCCCACCCACUAUUUUUAGUUUGUGGAGAGCUUAGAUAAUGACUCAGAAUAACACAGUGAGUCAUUGAGUACGCGUGUAAUUUAGGCUUAUAACUAGAAGUGAAAUAAUGGCAAAUGUCAAAGAGGAAUACAUGAGUUAACUAGGACUCCCUUAGAGCGGGACAUUCCAGUGAGCUGAACUGCUGGAUUGCUAAAGGAAUUCCAGUGACCAAACACGAGGUCACUUUCACUCUUCAUCUCACGCUGGGUGAAAUUUAACACAGAUCUACAGAGAGAGGAGACCAUCGUUUCUUGUGAACAGAACGGCUUUUAAAAUGCAGAAGCGUGCGUUGUGUCUCACCACAACAUAUCGGAUUUUCGAUAUUAACAAAAGAAGAAACAAAACGUUUGAAGUAACGCUGAUUCGAUGUUUUAGGAGUUUUCUGUACUUCUCACUUGUAUCGCUAGUCGCAGGUACAAACGGUCAUUGUCCCCCUUAUCAGCUCAGUCCAUCGACAGUCGUGAGAUAUGGCGAUUCUGUUUCAGUUAACUGCAGUACUUCUGUCCCUCAUGAUGGGAUGGGCUGGGAAUCCAGUGAGGGAGGAGUACCCAUGACCAGUGACAGUCUGGUAACAUUGAGAGUGGCAAACCUGAGGCGAUGGGAUUUGGUGCCAAUCUGCUACAUAAACUAUAAUGAAGAACAGUGUGUAAUAGACGUACCAAUCAUUACUUACAAGACUCCAGGCAGUGUGUCCAUCAGCCCAAUAGAUAACACAGUCAUAGAAGGCAAUCUGUAUGAGCUCCAGUGUGACAUUCAGGAUGUGGCUCCUGUUAGAAAUCUCAACGUGAAAUGGUACAAAGGACAGACUCUGGUGAAUCUCAUUAAAUUUAAUGACACCACCAAGACUCCAGAGAAUGUCACUGCUACACUCUUCAUCACUCCAGACAGAGCUGAUGAUGGAGUUCAGUACAGGUGUGAAGCAGAACUGGAUCUGGGACAAGAAGGACCUCAACCUCCUCCUAGAGUGAAAUCAGAAUCUCUGAACAUUACAGUUCAUUUUAAACCGAUCAUCGAUGAGACCAAACUGCCCUCUAAAGUGCCUGUGUUUCGAGGCUAUCCAACAGUGCUUGUUUGUGAAGCAGAGGGACACCCAAAACCAACAAUCAGCUGGAACCACAACAACAACAUUAUAGUUACUGAUGGAAAUCUCACUAUAUUAGAAGCAACAUAUGAGAAUGAUGGUAUUUACUACUGCACUGCUACAAAUUCUGUUGCCACCACCAUCAGAAGCGUAACAGUGGUUGUACAAGAUAUUUCCAUCAUCACUGUCAAUCACACAGGACCAAUGAUUCUGGGCAGUCAAUAUGAGCUCCAGUGUUGCAUUCAGAAAAUUUUUCCUGAUCAGAGUCUUGUUGUGAGAUGGUACAAAGGACAGACUCUGGUGGAUCUCAUCACUGUCAAUAGUGCAAACAGGACAACGAAUGUAACUACUUCACUCUCUAUCACUCCAGUCAGAACUGAUGAUGGAGUUCAGUACAGGUGUGAAGCAGAGCUGCAACUGGGAGCAGAAGGACCUCAAUCUCCUACUAGAGUGACAUCAGAAUCUCUUUAUAUUGCAGUUCAUGUUAAACCGAUCAUCAAUGAGACCAAACUGCCCUCUAAAGUGCCUGUGUUUCGAGGCUAUCCAACAGUGCUUGUUUGUGAAGCAGAGGGACACCCAAAACCAACAAUCAGCUGGGGCAACAUCACUAAUGUUAUAGCUGAUGGUGGAAAUCUUACUAUAACAGAAGCAACACCUGAGAAUAUUUACUGCAUUGCAAACAAUUCCGCUGGCACCACCACCAGAAAUGUAAUAGUGGUCUUAAAAGAGGAUUACCUGCCUAUAAUAGCAGGCCUUGUUGCUAUCACCGUGGUAUUCAUCUUGGUCAUCUUCAUCUUCAUCUACUCAAUCUACUACAAAAAAGCCAAGAUGGGCCAUUAUAGCCCGAAGGAUGCAAAGCCUACACAAAAUGGAAAUAUAGCACAAAAUGGCAAAGACAACUCAAUUCCCAUGAAGAAACUCUCUCAGAGCAUUAUCCCUGCUUAGGUGAUGAAUCCUGCGUUUGUUCUGUCUGCAGAGCCUCAUCAUCCACAGUCUUCUCAGUCAGAACAGCUGGAGAGUAGCUUGUGAGAGUUUGCGAGAUCACAGUGGAAGUCAUGAGCCUCUGCUCAAUGGCUAGUUUCUUCAGUGGGUUCACUUUUUUUUUUAUUCAUGGACCAGUGUUCCAUUCACGUCACUCUUAGAUCCAUCAUCAACUGCUAAUUAAAUCGCAAUGUUCACAAGAUCUGCUGUUCAAGUCAGUGGACUUGCAGAUUAUAUUUGACAGAACAAAUGUUGUGGUGGUUAAAAAGAAGUGCUGAAUGUAUGUGUAGCCACAGGUUAUAACUGAGGUCCUGUUUCCUGGAGUGGAAGUUUUCCUUAAAAUAGCUUUCAUGAGGAAUCUGAUAUUCUGAGUAAUAUUUGCUUGGUACACUGAUUGUUACACUGAUUGUUAGGGAAAAUACAGUAGCACAACAGUGCCUGGACACUUUUUUUAGCCACCUUGGUUCUGGAAGUAUUUUUCCUAUUAAUUUCUCCCUUAGUGAUUAACAUGGAGUGGUGGUGGCGUAGUGGGCUAAAGCACAUAACUGUUAAUCAGAAGAUCGCUGGUUCGAUCACCACAGCCACCACCAUUGUGCCCGUGAGUAAGGCACUUAACUCCAGGUUGCUCUGGGGGGAUUGUCCCUGUAAUAAGUGCACUGUAAUUUUCUUUGGAUAAAAGCAUCUGCCAAAUGCAUAAAUGUAAAUUGAUUAAAUAGCUGUAUGACUAAUAACUAUUUUAUGAAGAAUUUAAUGAAAUGGGAAAAGGAAAAAUACUUCCAGAACCAAGGUGGCUAAAAACGUGUCCAAGCACUGUUGUGCUACUGUAUUUUCCCUAACAAUCAGUGUAACAAUCUUUGGUUUGAAGCAAAAAAUAUUUGAAAAUCGGACCAAGACAAAGGUACAAGACUGCGUGCUUAACGAGGUAUUGAACAAUCCCAUUAAACACUGUGAAUGAUGUAAUCGAAUUAUGGUGGAAAAAUAAAAAAAACUAUAUGAAA